AUGCCCAAUCAACCUUACUAUAUAUUUCAACAAACUAUAAACCACUUAUCAUAUGACACAAUUGGAACAUUUGAACAAAGAUAUAGUGUUAAUAAAAAAUUUUUAGCAUCGAAUGGGAAACCUAAAGCAGUUUUUUUUCUCGUAAGUGGGGAGGGACCACUCAGCUCAGAGAUUGUAAACCACAAUCCAUUUGUAAAUAUUGCAAACGAAACCAAUGCUUUAAUAGUGGCUUUAGAAUUGCGUUAUUAUGGCGAAAGUAUGCCUUUUCCAAAUAUGAAUAAUAGCAAUAUGGCAUAUUUAACAACCGACCAAAUAUUAGAAGAUUUAGCAAAUUUUCAAGUAUACUUUACAAAUAAAUAUCAACUUGGUGAUAUCAAGUGGAUUAUAAUGGGUUGCUCUUAUGCAGGCACAAUCUCUGCAUGGUAUCGUUUAAAAUAUCCUCAUCUCGUAACAGCCGCUAUUGCUUCAUCAUCUCCAUUCCGUGCAGAACUAAGAUUCACAGAAUAUGACGUUAAAGUAAGACAAAACCUUGGAGCCCCUUGCAGUAAAGCAUUCAAAAAUUUAUUUGCCUACAUUGAACACUUGAUGCUUAAAAACAACAGCUAUGUUAAAUCAAAAUUCACCUGUGAAAGACAAUUGGACGACCGUAUGUUUUUAUAUUUACUAUCAGAAGCUUUGACCUACUCAGUACAAUAUGACGCAAGAUUUAAAAUAAUUUCAAGUUUUUGUCCAAAAUUUGUAAAGUUUACAAAUAGUAGUGAUGAUUUAUUAGAUAUGUUUUCUGCAUAUGUAAAGAAUAUGUUUUUAUUUCAAAAUGUAUCCUGUGAUGCCUAUAAUCUUUAUGAGUUUGCAAGUAACGAUAUUGACUACUCUGGUACAAGAUCGUGGACUUGGCAAUUAUGUAGAGAAUACGGUUGGUUUAUGGUUCCUUCUGGCCCUGAAUCAUUCAAACCACAACAAUUAGGUGAGUGUUGGUGGCAAAAUGAUGUUUGCAAAACAUUGUACGGAAGAGCCAUGAGACCCACUGUAGAUAGAAUCAAUAUGGUAUAUGGCUCCACCAAUUUUAAAUAUAUAAGUAAUGUUUUAUUUACCAAUUGCGGAAAUGACCCUUGGAGUACCCUAUCGAUUGACCCAAAUUUAGUAUUACCAUUCUCCCAACAAAUAUAUAUACCUGGUGAAUCACAUUGCGCAAAUUGGUUGUCAGAACAACCAAAUGAUUCAUUAGAAUUAAAAAAUGCAAGAUCCUUAGCCAAUUCCUUUUUAAGACAAUUUAUAAAACCGGACUGUGAUGAAGGUGAAUGUGGUGUUAAAAAUGGAUUAUGCAUUGCUAAAAAACUUACAGAUUUAACAGCAACCUCUGUAUGUAUAUCGAAUGGAAAAAUACAAAUUACCAAUCAAAUCAAGAACCAAUUAAAUCUAAUGAAAGAAUCUAAUAGUUCAAUAUCGAAUUUAAACAGUACCCAUACUAAUAAUACAAGUGGUGAUGACGAUGAUGACCAAAACAUUGACCUGGAUGAUGAAGUAUCCACUAAUGAAAUUUGCUCCAGCUCUAGCUCCCUAUCCUCCAAUUCCCCUUCUAAAUCUUUUUAUUUAACGUUAACUUUAUUAUUUUUAUCCACAAUAUCGACAUUAUUAAUUAUUUAA